CGGCCCCGCCGCCUGGGCCCCGGCCCGGCCCCUCCCGCGCCGCCCGGGCGAUGAGAAGCUGCUUCUGCGUGAGACGGAGCCGGGACCCGCCGCCGCCCCAGCGGGGAACAGACAAGUCCACCAUGCCUGAAGUCAGAGACCUCUCAGAAGCCUUGCCGGAGACGUCCAUGGACCCCAUCACAGGAGUGGGGGUGGUGGCUUCGCGGAACCGAGCCCCGACGGGCUACGACGUAGUGGCGCAGACGGCAGACGGCGUGGAUGCUGACCUCUGGAAGGACGGCUUGUUUAAGUCCAAGGUUACCAGAUACCUGUGCUUCACAAGAUCGUUUUCCAAAGAAAAUAGUCAUUUAGGGAACGUGUUGGUGGACAUGAAGCUCAUUGACAUCAAGGACACUCUGCCGGUGGGCUUCAUCCCGAUUCAGGAGACGGUGGACACACAGGAAGUAGCUUUUAGAAAGAAGAGGCUGUGCAUUAAGUUUAUCCCCCGGGAUUCCACGGAAGCAGCCAUCUGUGACAUCCGGAUCAUGGGCCGGACCAAGCAGGCCCCCCCUCAGUACACGUUUAUCGGGGAACUGAACAGCAUGGGGAUCUGGUACCGAAUGGGCAGAGUUCCAAGAAACCAUGACUCAUCUCAGCCCACAACACCUUCCCAGUCGUCAGCUGCUUCCACCCCAGCCCCGAGCCUUCCCAGGCACAUCUCCCUAACGCUGCCUGCCACCUUCCGGGGCAGGAACAGCACCCGGGCUGACUACGAGUACCAGCACUCCAACCUGUACGCCAUCUCCGCAAUGGAUGGUGUGCCUUUUAUGAUUUCAGAGAAGUUUUCUUGUGUUCCAGAAAGUAUGCAGCCCUUUGACCUGCUGGGAAUCACCAUCAAGUCUCUGGCGGAGAUUGAGAAAGAGUACGAGUACAGCUUCCGCACGGAGCAGAGCGCCGCCGCCAGGCUCCCGCCCAGCCCCACGCGCGGCCAGCAGAUCCCCCAGUCCUGAGGGCCCGGCCGCCUGCCUCCUGGGGGAGAAGACGCCUGAGUGCCCGCCUCGCCCGCCCCCUCUGCCCCCUCACUGCCCCACCGGCUCGGCGGGGCGACUCGGGCAGCUGAGCGCUCCAUCCGGUCAUCAGCUUGCCUGACAUGACACCCCCCGCCCUGGGGACAUUCAUAACCUCGACUAACCUGUGUGUGCCGUAGUGACGGCUCCUGGCGUGUCCGUGUGAGGAGCAGUCGUCCUUAAAGAGCCCUCACCCGGGGCCACCAGUGACUCCCUUCCCUCCUGUCGCUGCCACCAGCCACGGCCCCUCCUGGGAGACCCGGGGCGGCUUUGCACAGGCUCCACGGCGCCGACCGCCCGCCCCGGCGUGGAACCGGGCCCUCGGCCCCCGCAUCAGGUGCCCCAGCAUCUCACGACCCCGAGGAGGAAGAGCCGGGGCCCCGGUGACAUCGAGCUGGGACUCGUCACUGGAUCCACACACGGGACGCCCUGCGGUAGGGGCCGCGUGCCCGGCGCUCCCUGCCCAGGACGCUGUGCUCACCCCACACCCACGUCCCCCCAAAGGGCUCGUCUCUGCAGUGCCCACGUGCCAUCAGCAGUGCCAACUGCCUCUGCCCGGUGCCUGACCCCCCUCACAGCCACUGGCCUCCCAGGUCGUCGAGGAGAGAGGCUCUGAGCAGGGCCCCUCGGCCCGCCGCUCCUGCGGCCUCCGCUCACAGGACCAGCUGUGAACCGUCCGUCCGACCCUGGUCGUCCAACGGGACCGGCCCUGACCUUCCUGCCACAAUGGCCGGUCACAGCGCCGCUGCCGAGUUCACCGCGACGCACAUCCGCCGUGAGAACGGGCGCUGCUGCGCCUCACCCCAACGGCCUGCCUGGCUGGCUGUUGGUGUCUCCCAUCUUGGGGGGUCACCAGAUGGUUGGAACUUUGGACAGAGGUUUGGGGUGUGUCUGGGCCAUGGAGAGCAGUGAGGUGCCCCCACCAGGAAGGCAGCACGGGGGAGCCACACCAGGGACAGACCCUCCCUGCGGGCCCCGGGCGGGCACAGGGGGGCCGGGUGCAAUAGGAACCAGCCCGUUAGGAAGCAGGGCAGGGCGAAAAAUACCUCACGCACCUGUCCCCGCCACCCCCUCGGCCUUCACUGUAAUACCUCCUGCUUUCGGGGCACGGGUGUGGUCGCCUCGCCGCCCCCAAACCUGAGGACACCCCUGGUGAGACGGGCCUCCCGUGCCUCCCUCGCGGCCAGUGGAGGAGACGCAGUGCGGGAGCCGCAGGCCCCGGGGCUUGGGAUCGGUGCUUGCCCCGGGCCGGAGAGCUGACCGGGCACAGGUGUGCCCACGGGCAUAAGCUGUUGAGUUUCUGGGGAGUUAGGGGAGCCCGUGGCCCAGAAAACGUGUCCGCUGCUGCUUUGUGGAUGGGUGGCUGUUCAGACCAGGUGACCUGUGUAACUUGAAGGCCGACAGACG